AUGGACAACCUGGGUGAGACCUUCCUGAGCCUGGAGGAUGGCCUGGACUCCUCUGACACUGCUGACCUGCUGGCCUCCUGGGACUGGAAAAGCAGGCCCAGGCCUUUCGAGCUGAGCCAGGCAUCUUCCAAUCAAAGUCUUUCCCCAGUACCAUCUCUGGAGUCCUACUCUUCCUCUCCUUGUCCAGGUGGCACUGGGCUGCCCUGCGGGCAUGAUGGAACCAGCAAUGGGGCCAGUGAUGGCUGCAGCAGCCAUGGGACUGGUGGACUAGUAGAGUUGGACUAUAAUAUGCUAGCCUUCCAGCCUGCCUACCUGCAGAGUGAUGGUGGCCCCAAGGGCCCAAAAGGUACCAAAGUCAAGAUGUCUGUCCAGCGGAGACGCAAGGCCAGCGAGAGAGAGAAACUAAGGAUGAGAACCUUGGCAGAUGCCCUGCAUACCCUCCGGAAUUACCUGCCACCUGUCUACAGCCAGAGAGGCCAGCCACUCACCAAGAUCCAGACACUCAAGUACACUAUCAAGUACAUCGGGGAACUCACAGAUCUCCUCAACAGCAGCAGAGAGCCCAGGCCCCAGAGUGUGUGA